UAUUAUGAUCAUAUCGAUAGAAAAGCACAGAGAGAAAAUGGGCAGAGGGAAAUCAAAGAUCGAGAUUAAACCGAUCGAGUCACUGGCAGCUCGGAAUGUAUGCUUCACCAAGCGGAGGAAUGGGCUGUUCAAGAAGGCAUCGGAUCUGUGCCGCCUAUUCCCCGGAGUUAAAGUUGCGGCGGUGGUGUUCUCUCCGGCGGGAAAGCCGUAUGUGUAUGGCGACCCAACUGGGAUUUUGGAGCAGGGCAGCGGCAGUCCUCUGUUUCCUUCGCCGUUGUCCGGUGAUCCGGUGAUCCGAGGGGCGCAACUGCAGGGCGGGUGUCCUUCGCCGUCCUCGGUUCUGGCCGGUGACCAUCUUAUUUCUGAGCCCUGCGGCUACUCACCAGUUGAGAGGAAGACUGGUUGGGAAGACGAUUGGCUAAUUAGUGGAGAAGACAUUGAAUCAAUGAUCCAAGAGUUGCAGGGCGGUGAUCAUCUUAUUUCCGACCCCUCAAUUCAGCCGGAGAUACUCAGAGAAGAAGAUGUGGGUUCAAUGAUCCAAGAGUUGCUGUGGUCGUAGGGCCUUACUAUUAUAUUUUGAACUGAUCCCGCCAUCAAUUUUACUCUCUUCUGACUUUAGGGUUUAUAUCAUCGAGAAUUGCUAUUAUUAUGGGACUAAAGUAUAUAUAAUCGUGCUCAUAAUGCCAAUUAUUGUAUGUAUUACACGAUCUCAGUUCCUUAUUUCAUUCUUUUGUCAAAUGUAUACACAAAUUAUUAUCUCCACAAAUUAUUUAAUUUGAGAUGUUAUUAUUAUUUAGUAGAUGCAUGAUUC